UCAUCCAGGAAUCUGGCCAAUGACAACUGGGCACGCCUCCUACCGCUCAAAUUUGAAUUUACACACCAGUCCGUUGCUGCUCUGUUUAUCUGCAGUCCUGCUCCGUUCAGUGCAGUAGUAAUGGCUUUUACAUGGAUUAUCACAUAUCUGACAGAUGAAUUCUUAUUUUGACCGAUUUUGAGUUAUGCGGUGCAGAUUGAGAACGAAAAAGCGCAAAUAUGAACACAGACACAAUGGCUAAUGGACACAUAUUGCAAACGGCAGAAGAGAGGACAUGAAACCACCAUUCUUGGACUCUGAAGAAUACUAUGCAAACCAUGCUUUUGGAUCUACUGUUAAGUUUUUGUAAUAAAGCUGAGGUUUUGGGAUUGAAAAUCUUCUGCCACAUGAUCUUCCGUAAAAAAAAAAGUCAGUUAUGCAGAUUGGAAAAGACAUGGCGGCUAAUGAACUGGAAGUCUCGCCCAUAGGUUUACUUCCGUGUUUAGGAAUAAGAUGCAGCAAGGAUCCAGCUGAUUACUUCAGAUUUGGUGGACUGCUCUUUAUCUGCUGUGACUGUCACUUCUGGUGCAGAAUCAUGGACUUUUAUUUGUAUGUUUUGAUUUUACUUAUUACACUUGUGUAGCUAGUAUUCAGGAUUAAAAUACAAUGUAAUUUUUGUCCACAUAUAUUAUCAGAGCUAUAUGGAAUCCAAUAGGGUCAGUCAAAUAUUGAGAAAAAACACUAUAAACCUGAUUGGGAAAAUACAAGCUAAAAUACAGUUCCCUCCACAAUCUUUUUCAAAGAAAAAAUCAUGAUACUAUAACCCUAACUUGUAAGAUAAAAAUGUAAUUUUUAGUUUUUCAAUUGCUCCUCAGGAAUUUGUUUACAUAAAUUUACAUCUAAAUAAUGAAACAGUUUUAAGCAUGGCUACACUACACGACUUCUGAACAGAUUUUUAAAACAGAUUUUUGACUUACCGACUUUGUAAAUAAUGACAAAGGAAAGCUGGGCAUCAUAUACUUAAGCCUGGAAUACACUACACGAUUUUUGCCCUGAUUUUCCGCCAAUUUACAGUCAGGAGAAGUUGACGCUAGUUGCUGAAAGUCAGAGCCAGUCUGCAGAUUUGAGAUUCCAUAGAAAAUUGCAUAGUGUAUGAUAGUCACAGACUCCAGUUUUUUAAGCUUCAGACUCUGAUUCUAUCCAGUCGGAGGAUAUCAAACGUUUGAUAUUUUCAGCCGAUUUUACAAUGCAUAUUGUUUUCCUUUGUAAUGCGUCUCCUAGCAACAAGGCUCAUGUUUCUGAGUGAGUUUGUUGUGAUCGGAACAACUUUAAAGUCUGGUAGUGUAUGAUCCUCAGUCAUGUAACUAACUGGAGCCCAGGUCAGGAAGCAGACAGACUGGCUAUACCGAUCGUCUGCUAGCUGCCUCACGUCACAGAAGUCAGUUAACUCUCAGCACAUAGAUACUCCUUCACCUAGAUAUCACUCUAUAGAGACUGUGUCUGUUCCCCGAACUAGAAAAUACAGAAAACAUCCAAACCAAAGUAAUAGUAACAAUUUAAUUGAUGUUCAACAAAUAAAAAAACGAUAUAAUACAGAUAAACACAUGAUAAAGCUUGGCUUAUUGAAUAUUAGAUCCCUUUCUUCAAAAGCACUUUUUGUAAAUGAUAUGUUCACUGACCAUAAACUAGAUGUGCUUUGUCUGACAGAAACCUGGCUAAAACAAGAUGAUUACAUUACUUUAAACGAGUCUACACCCCAAGAUUACUGUUACAAACAUGAACUGCAUCCAAAAGGUAAAGGGGGAGGUGUUGCUACAAUUUAUAGAAAUAUUUUCAGUAUCUCUCAGAGGUUGGGUUUCAAGUAUAAUUCGUUCGAAGUAAUGGUGCUUCAUAUAACGUUAUCCAAAGAAACAAGUGUUAAUGAUAAAUCCCCUGUGAUGUUUGUACUGGCUACUGUAUACAGACCACCAGGGCACCAUACAGACUUUAUUAAAGAAUUUUCUGAUCUUCUAUCGGAGUUAGUACUGACUGCAGAUAAAGUCCUAAUCGUUGGUGAUUUUAAUAUCCAUAUUGAUAAUGAAAGAGAUUCAGCAUUUAUAGACAUUCUAAACUCAAUUGGUGUUAAACAACACGUGUCAGGACCUACUCAUUGUCGAAAUCAUACUCUAGAUUUAAUACUGUCACAUGGAAUUGAUGUCAGUGGCGUUGAAAUUUUGCAGCAGAGCGAUGAUAUCUCAGAUCAUUAUCUAGUCUCCUGUAUAUUCCAUAUAGCUAAAGCUGUAAAGCCAACUUCUUGUUACAAAUAUGGUAGAACCAUUACCUCUACCACAAAAGACUGCUUUAUAAAUAAUCUUCCUGACUUAUCUCAGUUCCUCAGCAUAUCCAAUAGCUCAGAACAACUUGAUGAUGUAACAGGAUUUAUGGACUCUCUCUUUUCUAGCACUUUAGAUGCGGUUGCUCCUUUACGCUUAAGGAAGAUUAAGGAUAAGAGUCCAACACCGUGGUAAAAUGAGCACACCCGCGCCCUAAAGAGAGCAGCCCGGAAAAUGGAGCGCAGCUGGAGGAAAACUAAAUUAGAGGUAUUUCGUUUAGCUUGG